UCGAAGGAACGAUUUUUGUUUUUUAAAGAUCGAAUUUUCAAAGUUGAUAAUUUUGAACAAAGAAAUUUUUCCCGGGGAUACGAUGUUCCGUUUCAACAAUAUCCCGUAAAAAGAAUAAACAUACGAGAUAUUGUUUAACGUAUUAACGGACUAAAACUAAAUUGUUUUCAUGCGAAACGAACGAUUUACACGCGACCUAUCCAAGAUUGCGGUUCUCAUUAGCAAGAUUCAUCCUCGAUGCGUUUUGCGAACGCGAUUAACAGGUUAUUUGUUGCAGCACAAACAGAUCAGUGUGUCAUGGUGCGUACCGCUUUUGUAUAUAAGAGAGGAUCAAGGUAUCAGGGAUCAGCAGACAAAAACUGGACUUCGGUUACGUCCGAGCUCCCCCAUUCGUUCGAAAGCGAAAACAUGGCGAGAAUUGUGUCCGUCCUUUGCAUCGUCUGCUUAGUUUUGACUAUCGUCCUAGCGAAACCGGUUCCUCAGCAAAACAAUAAUGGCGAAGUGCUUGCACCAAAAAAUACUCUGUACUAUCCAUACGCGUUUUGGUUCGUCAGACCAUACUACGACCAAGAUGAUAUCGACGUUGGUAGUUUCCAGUUAGAACGAAGGCCAUCUACCAUAUCGUACGCCAACGUUGGGGCCGGUUGGGGUCGUUAAAUUCGACGCUUCUUCGAUUUAUAACCACCGGUUUCGAUGACACAUAAAUCAGCAUCAUAAAUUUAUAUUUAAUAGCGUUAAGUUAAUUAGUUAUAAUUGAUAACUUAUCAGAUUGUCGACGAGAACGAUGGAACUGACACCGUAAAUUAAUAAUUAAGUUAGUAAACAGGUACAAAAUAGUUUUAUAUAUAUUUUCAUAUUGUUACAGUCGAUAGAUUUAAUCAACGUCAAUUAAACAAUUAAACAAACGAACUUCAGUCGAAGAACCGUCGUAAAUCACGCAUGUUAAAAGAAAAACUUACAAGACAAUUAAAAAGUUAAUGUAUCAACAAAUUAUUAUUGAACAUUUAAACAGAUCUCGAUCCCUUCGAUACAAAGCUUGUCAAUUUGAUGAAUCGAUCGAAGAAAUUAACGUAAGAAUUUAUAUCUAUAGCAAUUGAAGAUGAAAAUAUCCAUAGAUUUAUUCGAUGACAAAGAGAAAAUCCAAUUUUAAUCCUACCGAUGUUAAUUGUCAUCGAUUCUACGCGUAAAUUUUAUUUUAGAAACAUAUUAUUCGUUUCGCAUUGACGAACAAUGAUGUUAAACUGAAACAAUUAUUGUAUUUGUAAUUUAUCAAAGCGAUUUGACAACUUUAAUUUAUUAUUAAACAAAUUAUUAUAUAUAUAUAUUUAAGAACCAUGUGUAUAUUAUUUUGUAAGCUUAUAUAUUUUUGUAUAAAUAAAUUAACCACGGUGUAAUAAGUAA